GCGGAGGCGGUGCGCUGGGGCUGCUGGGUAUUCUUUGGGGGCCGGAAAGAGCGGCCUCGGUGGUGCCUUGUGGCGACGAGAUGGUGAAGCUCACGGCGGAACUCAUCGAGCAGGCGGCUCAGUACACCAACGCCGUGCGAGAUCGUGAGCUUGACCUGCGAGGAUAUAAGAUUCCUGUAAUUGAAAACUUGGGGGCUACCUUGGAUCAAUUUGAUGCUAUUGAUUUUUCUGAUAAUGAAAUCCGGAAGUUGGAUGGUUUUCCCUUGUUGAAAAGAUUGAAAACAUUAUUGGUGAAUAACAAUAGAAUAUGCCGAAUAGGUGAGGGACUCGAUCAGGCCCUGCCUAGCCUGAGAGAACUUAUUCUUACCAACAAUAGUAUUGUGGAAUUGGGUGAUCUGGAUCCUUUGGCAACUCUCAAAUCACUGACUUACCUGAGUAUUUUGAGAAAUCCUGUAACAAAUAAGAAACAUUAUCGACUAUAUGUAAUCCAUAAAGUCCCACAAGUCAGAGUAUUGGAUUUCCAGAAAGUGAAACUAAAAGAGCGUCAGGAGGCAGAGAAAAUGUUCAAGGGCAAACGGGGUGCACAGCUUGCAAAGGAUAUUGCCAGGAGAACCAAAACUUUUAAUCCAGGUGCUGGUUUACCAACUGAUAAAAAGAAAGGUGGGCCAUCUCCAGGAGAUGUAGAAGCCAUUAAGAAUGCUAUUGCUAAUGCAUCUACUCUGGCUGAAGUGGAGCGACUGAAGGGAUUGUUACAGUCUGGUCAAAUACCUGGCAGAGAACGCAAAUCAGGGCCCACAGAUGAUGGUGAAGAAGAAAUGGAAGAAGACACAGUUGCUAAUGGAUCUUGAAUUUUGUGUUCACAGUCUUGGAGUAUAUGUAGAAUGUCAGUGCCUCUUAAACUGAGUAGUUUUUUUUGUUUGUUUGGGGGUUUGGCGGGGUGGAAGGGGGGGGUUAUCAUGGAAUAGGUUAAUAUACUUGUUCCUUGAAGCAGAGUAGAGUUCAGAAGCAUUACUAAAAUGCUUGAAAAUGCCAUUGUAAAUUUUUAAUGUACAUUUUGAAAUUGAAUAAACUUUUUUCUAUGAUGAUAAGAAUAAAUAAGACCUUUAUUGUGCUGUU